AUGGGCGACAGACUUACUCAAUUGCAAGACGCUGUGGAUCAGCUCGCCCAGCAAUUCGUCGCGAGCUUCCACUUCGUCCACCGGCGCCAUGAUCUGGAGCUGCUCGGACCCAAUGACAAAAUUAGAGAGGUCAAGCAGGAUCCGGAACAGAAAGAGGUCGAACCCCUUCCUCCAGACGAGUUCAAGGACGGCCUAGCCGAGCUGUCGCGCGACCUCAUUAUCAAGGAACAGCAGAUCGAGGUCCUCAUCUCUAGCCUGCCGGGUUUGGACAGCAGUGAAGCCGACCAGGAGCGCUAUAUCCAGGAGCUGGAGGACGAGCUUAAGGUCGCAGAGGCGCAGAGGCAGGACGCGAUCAGAGAGAAAGACCAGAUUCUCGCCAAGCUUGAUGAGGUGAUCCGAAGUGUUCGACGGCCGUAA